AUGUCCGACUACUCUGACCCUGGAAGCGACUACUACGACUCCGACGACGGCUCUGAGAUUGCAGAUACGCAUGAUUCCGACUUUGAUGAUGACCCCAUCCCUCCGACCAAGGCCAAGGAGAAGAGCCGCGAUCCCGAGCAUAAGAGUCUGUCCGUGCAGCAGCUGCAAGACCUAGUGGAUAGCGACAUCGCCCAUGUCGCAAGCAUAGUGGGGCUUGAGUCGCCUAUAGCGUCCAUCCUCCUCCGCCACUUCAACUGGAACACCGACCGGCUGAUCGAGCGGUUCCUCGAGUCCGCCGACCGCGUCCUCGCCGACGCCGGCGAGCCCACCGACCCCCCGCAGCCGUCCGACGGCGCGGACGGCGGCGCCCGCCCCGCGAAGCGCAUGCGGCUCUCGCCGUGCCCCCCGCCGUCCGAGUUCGCGUGCCCGGUGUGCUGCGACGACGCGCCCGCGGCGGCGUUCGCGCUCCGGUGCAAGCACGCGUUCUGCGCCGCGUGCUGGCAGGCGUACGCGACCGCGAAGGUCAAGGACGAGGGCCAGUGCACGUUCCGGUGCAUGGCCGACGGCUGCCGCGCCGUCGUCGAUUCGCCCGCGGUCGCGCGCCUGGUCGAGCCGGAGGUCAACGAGCGGUACCACGAGCUCGUGCGGCAGGCGUACGUCGGCGCGCACCCCGGCCUCCGCUUCUGCCCGCACCCGGGCUGCACGGAGACGGUGGCGUGCGCGUCCGGGGGCGGCUCGUCGCUCGCGACGGAGGUGCCGACGGUGCGCUGCGGCGCGGGCCACGUCUUCUGCUUCGGGUGCGGGCUCGACUCGGACCACCGGCCGUGCGUGUGCGUGUUCGUGAAGGCGUGGGUCCGGAACGCGCGCGAGGACGCGGGGACGAGCCAGUGGAUCAAGGCGAACACGCGCACGUGCCCCAAGUGCGAGAACAACAUCGAGAAGAACGGCGGGUGCAACCGGAUCAUGUGCCGGCACUGCAACUUCCAGUUCUGCUGGCUGUGCAUGAAGAACUGGGACGUGCACGGGUACAACAACGCGGUGUGCAACGCGUGGAAGGAGCCGGACCCGGACGAGGCCAAGACGGCGGCGAAGGCGAACCUCGACAAGUGGCUCUUCUACUUCGACCGGUUCAACAACCACGAGAUCUCCGCCCGGCUCGACGAGGAGCUCUGCGCGCGCACGGAGGAGAAGAUGGUCGAGUGGCAGGAGACGAGCAAGAUGUCGUGGAUCGAGUCGACGUUCAUGCGCGACGCGGUGGAGGAGCUGACGAAGUGCCGGGUGACGCUCAAGUGGUCGUACGCGAUGGCGUACUUCCUCGCCGCGGGGAACAAGAAGCAGAUCUUCGAGGACAUCCAAGCCGAUCUCGAGAAGGCGGAGCAGGUGGAGGCGGACAGCGUCAAGACGCUCCGCCAGCGCAUGCUGGACAAGACGGUGUACGUUCGCGGCCGGCACGAGAUCGUCCUGAAGGACACUGCGGAGGGCCUGGCGAAGGACGCCAGACGUACGGGGCGCGGGGGGGGCUCCGGAUUGCACCUUUCCGCGGGAACAGUCCCCGUUGCAUCGGCUGCGUCGCAGCGCUUCCCACAAACCGUAUACGUCGUGGUUCGGCAGUUCGUGCGAAUCGCAGCCGCAGGAGACGUCAUGACUGCAGAGGACCGCACCAUUCGAUUCUCGAAGUUAGGAUGA